ACCGUAGUUCAUUUUCUUACCGCUAGUUCUGUUAUUAGCGAAUACGUUAAUAAUUCGCUUCGAUAACACUAUUUCACACUGUUAUUUAAAGUAUAAUAUAUUUUUCUAUAAUUCAUUAUCCAUCAAUUCGUUGAAGGGUAAAGUCUUGUUUCGCGAGUUUCUAAUCAUGUUCUCGUGUAGUAUAUGUGAUAAGACCUUUACUAGGAUCAGUAGCCUACAAAGACAUGCCAAGUCACACGAUGUUUCCAAAAAGAUUUCAUGCAGUAUAUGCUCAGAAAUAUUCACGCGAAAAGAUAACCUCAUCAGACAUAGCAAGGAUAAACAUCGUUCGAAUAAUGUAGUUCGACAACAAUCAACCAUAACCAAGCAAGAAAUUCAAGAUUUUUUUAAGCCAGCUGAACAUAUUUACGAUUAUAAUGUUCAAUCUCGCAAUGGUCAUAAGCGCCCAUAUCAUACGGAAAAUUCGAAUGAAGCA